CGACUAAACAUCCAGCAGAGAAUCCAGGAGCGAGAGAAAGAUGUGAAGCUGCUUCAACAGGAGGUGGAGGCCAUCAAUGGCUCUGCUGAUAAAGCAGUGGAGGACAGUGAGAAGAUGUUCACUGAGCUGAUCCGUCUCCUCCAGAAAAGAAGCUCUGAUGUGAAGCAGCAGGUCAGAUCCCAGCAGGAAACUGAAGUGAGUCGAGUCAAAGAGCUUCAGGAGAAGCUGGAGCAGGAGAUCGCUGAGCUGAAGAGGAAAGACGGCGAGCUGGAGCAGCUCUCACACACAGAGGAUCACAACCAGUUUCUACACAACUACCCCUCACUGUCAGCACUCAGUGAGUCUACACACUCAUCCAGCAUCAAUAUCCGUCCUCUGAGGUACUUUGAGGAUGUGACAGCAGCUGUGUCAGAGACCAGAGAUAAACUACAGGACAUUCUGAGAGAGGAAUGGACAAACAUCUCACUGACAGUCACUGAAGAGGAUGUUUUACUGUCACCAGCAGAGCCAAAGACCAGAGCUGGAUUCUUAAAAUAUUCACAAGAAAUCACACUGGAUCCAAACACAGCACACAGAGAAUUGUUAUUAUCUGAAGAGAACAGAAAAGUGACAUUAAUGAGACAAAAACAGACUUACUCUAAUCACCCAGACAGAUUCACUGAUUAUUAUCAAGUCCUGAGUAAAGAGAGUCUGACUGGACGUUGUUACUGGGAGGUGAAGUGGAGAGGGGGUGGAGUUGAUGCAGCAGUCGCAUACAAGACUAUCAGCAGAGCAGGAGAGUCAGAUGAAUGUGGAUUUGGAUUUAAUGACAACUCUUGGUUAUUGAGCUGUGACAGAAAAAGUUGCAAAUUUUUGCACAAGAAUGUCCAAACUGUCCUCUCAGGUCCUCCGUCCACCAGAGUAGGAGUGUACCUGGAUCACAGAGCAGGUAUUCUGUCUUUCUACAGCGUCUCUGAAACCAUGACUCUCCUCCACAGAGUCCAGACCACAUUCACUCAGCCGCUCUAUGCUGGACUUGGUCUUUUUAUUGAUCAUGGAGACACUGCAGAGAUAUUAAACUGAAAUAGACAGAAGUCACUGAGGGACGGCUAGUUCCUGUUUCUUUGGUCUCCAGCAUUGCUGUCAACAGUGAUGGAGAUUUUGAAAAGAGGUCAGAGUGGCACCAGAAAGUUCUUUGAAAGUAAAUUCUGCUAGACCGAAAACAAUUUCUAAUUAGCUUGUAUGAAGAAGAUCAUAAAAUCUAAUAAAAAUGAACAAACAUUAAUGAACUUCAGUUUUUAUAUCAAGAAGACACUAGUAUUAUAAAUGUAAUUGUUUUAUUAUGAAUAGUAUUGUCUAAGCUCACAGACCAAAUGUUACACUCUGAAUAAAACUUUUAAUUUCAGUCCUUCCAGCACACAAAAUCACACGUAUUCUACUAGAGAAGAUGUGGAUUUUAUAGACACUCAAUCUGAAGACUUGCUUAAUGUAAACCCUCCUGUGUGAAGUUUGUUACAUGUUUGAACUGAUACAUGCUGAUUUUCUUUCUUUUUUGUUGUUGUUGAGGAGUUAUUUGGUUAUUUGAAGAAAUAUUGAAAUGAAAAUCUUGAUUUGAAUCAUCUGCUACUGUGGCAUAUGUAACUCAUUACUGGUAUUUUUUUUUAUAUCAGGUGUGGCUAUAACUUAGACUUUCUGCUGGUCUGUUUUCUGUGUUCUUAUCCCUAACCUUAACCACAACCUUAAUCAUGUUAGAUAGUGUUUUCCAAAGCGAUUCAUGAUGAUAAAAAAUUUUUAAAAAAGUAAAAUAAAUGUACA